AUGGCAACGACAACUCCAGUAAAGACACGGACCGUGCUAGAUCCUUCCAUCACCGACAGCCCUGGAACAUGGCGACAUCCGCGCCUUGACGAGAUCACUCGCCGCAGGAACGCGUCCACGUUCUCCGACAAGAACAUUAGGCAGAUUGCAUUCAGUGCAGGGGGGAUUGUCGCCAUUUGGCUGCUCCAAGCAUUCUCGAAACUCAAGCUUUGCCAGAAUUUGAUGCCGGUAGCUUUUCAAACGUAUCUAGACUGGGCAUGGCUCCUCCUCCAGCUGAUCCCGUUCACCAACAUCAUCCUCGCAUGUCUACCAUUAGUUCGAAAGGAGGACGACCUCUCGGAUAUUGCCUUGACUCCCGCGCAAAGAGAGCUUCUGGGCCUGCCCCCGUCCUCUGCUGCCCCAACCCCAGAUGCGAAAUUCAGCACACCUCCACGAUACUCAAGAACGCCCUCGAUUGCAGGAUCGGUGGGGAGCCGAGGCAGCUUUGCCAGCUCCCCUCUCUCUGGGAGAGGGAGUCCUGCGUUUCAAGGAGGAUCAGGCUCACCGUACAGUCCUAUCGGCAGCCCAUUGUUCAAGAAGGGUCUUGAUACCUCAGUCAACGGCAGGAGGUCAUCAUUCGGCAGUGCAAGCCCGUUUGGAGCUAAUGCCUCCGCCAACCUGUUUUCAGACCCCGGCUCGCCCAGCCCAAGCGGUGGCAAGCGAACAAGUGUGGGAUUGAACAAUAAAUGGCUGUACGAGAAGGGCCGAAAGCCGUCCGUAUCGCGCCUACACUAG